AUGUGGGGUAGGUCCGGCCCUGUGGCUGGUGAGGGCGGUGAGGGCGGUCUGGCUGGCAAGGGCGGUAACCCUAAGCACAAUCGGAACCUCACAAUUCUCGUUUUCCACCGACGGCACACUAACGACUCAACCACCACAGCGACAAUCACAAUGGGUGAGUGA